CAAUAGCUAACACUGUGAUAAAUAUUGAAAGGCAAUCCACCCCAAACCAGUUCUCAGUUGUUUCUAAUGCGAACAAGGUUGACAGUGGUGUGUUGUGUGAAGUCAGUUGCACAGAAAGAGAAAGGAGUUUAACAUUAUAGAUCCCAAUCUUCAGUCGGCCAUUUUGAUAUAGACGAUCACCAUGAAGGCAACGCUGAUCAUUCUGGUUGUUUUGGUGUUGGCUGUAAGCGUGUUGGCAAAGAAACCGCCAAAGGCAAAGGCAAAGAAGGUCAAUUGCAAGAAGGGAAAUGCAAGCUGGACACCAUGUGUCAAUGGCUCAAUGAGGCAGACGUUCACUCCCAGCGAUGUGGUAGGAUGCAACGCCACCGUAGCUAACCUUACCUGCCCCAGCGUGAUGCAGCAAGAAAAGAAUGGCUGCAUCGUGACACACACUGAUGCCAUUCAGGAGUGCGCCACAGGCACUGUGUUCACCCGCACGUACUCUUCGUCCGGCACCUGCUCCCAUAGUGCCAAGCCUGCCAAGAAGCUCCCCUGCAGCAAACCGUACAAGUCCAACGCUGAUCGCGCCGCAAAGAAGGCUGAAAAGCUGGCUAAAAAGCAAGCCAAAAAGGCAGGGAAAAAUAAACAGAAUAAGAGACAGAAAAAGGCUGGUAAGGCAUAAGUUAAACACGUUUGGAGUUGUAAGUCCUUGCCUGCAAGCAUUUGUAGGAUGAUGAGUGUAGACUUUACAAGCAUCUGUGUGAUUGUGAACGGCUUUUACAAGCAUCUGUGUGAUUGUGAACGGCUUUUACCAUCUUGAGUGCUGUUUCAGAUGAUGUUGAAUAUUGUAACAAACUAUGUACUUAGUAAAAACACCUAACCAUUUUAAUCUAUCUGUAAAAUGUAAUAAUGUAAAAUAUGCUGUCAAACUUAUUAAUGACAAAGGCAAGGGCACUUCCAUUUUGACAUAUGUUUCAUCAUAACAGAGUAUUCUAUGUUGUGUUGCUGGCAUAUUUUUUACAUUAUAUGUAUAAAGAGCUCCUCUUACUUCCUGUGCAUUUUUAAAAGCAUGUGAAAAUCAUUUAUACUAACACAUUUUUAAAUUGUGAUAAUUUUUAUUCAUGAAUGAGCCAAACAUUACAUUCUAUCUCUUUUUCUUCAAAAAAGAACCAGUAAAUAAUGUGAUUGUUUUUGAUUGGUUAAUUGAGAAAUGGGGCCAAAACAUUAGUUUUCUGGAAACAACAACACAAAUUUGUAUUACUCAGCAAGAUCUGAGAGUUUAAUUUUAUAGGUGCCAAAUAUGUUGAAUUCUUUUAAUUUUGUGCACUUAUAUAAAUUCUUGUAUUGUUUGAAUUAUUCUUAAUUUCUUACCCUGUUUCAAUCUUUAAAUUUAUUGAAUAUUGUUCGUAAAUAGUAAACUUGAGUAUUUUAUUGUAAAGGUUAACAAAUCAUUGCUUUUAGUAGUGUUGAAAAUUAUAUGUUGCUGUGUAACUGUGUAAUGGUUAUUUUUCUGUAAAAAACUGUACUGGUCUUUUUAUGUAAUAAAAUAUAUAAAUAAAAUGUUUUGUUGAA